AUGUUAACUGAACAAUGGAUGAAUUUUCACACCAAGAUUGAAUACGACAACUCCAACACAAUGUCCUCCAGUGAAGUGUCGGUGUCUUGUUGCUUAGCAACCGCAUCGGCUGUGUUUGAAUCCAUGGAUGAAGAUGGAGAGGACUUGGAUGAUGAAGAAAGAGGAAUUCUCAUCAGACGUAUAAUAUAAAUCUGUAGCCAUGGGGAACAGCAUGACUCCGGAGCAAAGGGAUGUUGCUCUCAGUGAGGCAGCGGAGGGAGGGAUGGUGAAAAAGGUGGACUCCUUGCUGAAGAGAGGAGCAAAUCCCAACCGAAAGUUUAGUGAAAGAAGAUCAAGGACGUCGUUACAUACAGCAGCUAAGACGAAGAAUAAUGUCAACGUGUUAACCAAGUUAUUGCAGCAUAUAAAAGAUGUCGAUGAAACCGACGAAGACGGAAACACGGCACUCCACCUAGCGGCUGGUUAUUAUAACAAUAUAUCAUUCGUUGAAACUUUGCUAAAUGCUGGACCAAACUGCAAAAUACAAAAUAAAAACGGGGAAACUGCUUUGCACAGCGCUAUUAACGGUGGAAAUGAAUGGAAAAUUAUUGAGCUUCUUCUACGAGCUGAAUCCGAUCCGAACGUGGCAGAUUUUAACGGAAAUACACCUCUACACUUGUGCGCCUCCAAGCGGGGAGUUGAUCCAAUGUUACCAGGGAUGUUGUUACGAUUUGCGGCGAAUCCCAACUUGAAAAAUGAAGACGGUCAAACCGCUCUACACGUCGCGUCGAAAACUGGAAACAAAUCUGUUCUACUUUUGCUCAAAUUCCAUGCAAAGGUUCGAAUACGUGACAAAGAUGGAAAAAAGGCUUCAGAAAUUGCAGCAACCGAUGAUAUUCGGGAAAUACUUUUAUGCGAAGAACGAGAACUUGAAGAAAGAACGACUCGCCAAUCACAAUCUUCGUUGACUCGUACGUCAUCACGUGCGUCACAAAGCUCUGAUGACGUUACAGGGAAAACCCCAACAUACUAUUUAAACGGGGAAGCAAGUUGGGCGGAACUACAGAACGAUUGGAAGGGCUCAGGGGGUGAUGGUGUUAUACAUCUUCCUGAUAAAUCCGACAUUGUUGUUCCCCCUCAAUCCGUUCCUUAUGGCACAACAGUGAAGUUAAACAUUACGCCAAGUAAGAAACAAGACAGCAAUGUUGAAACCGAAGAUGAAAUUCCCGAGUUCGAUUUCGAUCUUUAUAAUUUCGAAAUUGAUAUUAAAUUAGACUUGCCAGGCAUAGUGAUGUCCCAGUCGUGGACGUCCGACUCGCAAAUCCUACCAAGUCAUUCCUCAUCUACGUCAUCUCCAGCAGCAUUUACCGGAAUGUGCAUGGAAGGCCGGAACCGGUGGAAAUCAACCCGCGAGGUGGCGUGCAAGCGCGACGGAAUGGUCGCAAUGCAUUUUAGGUUAAGCAGGGAAAAGUCGACGCCUCUUUCAUACAAGGAACCUCCUCCAAAGCAAAGAUCCGCUAUUGAAGUAGACGUCACACGUCCAACACGCAAUGGAAGAUUCUCACCGGAAAUUCAAAACAUGCGGUAUCUCAAUCUGGAUGACAUCGGCCCCGCAGUGGAGCUAGAGAGUCAAUCUCCAUCGCUGACGUCAUCAGAUGACGAAUCGGACAUUGAUGACGUAGGUGAAGAUAAUACGAUGUCUAUGUACAGAGAAGGUGAUAUGUUCGAGGAGGAACCGCCUCGUGCUGACGUCAUAACAACGUAUGAUGACGUCACUGCUAUGGAGGAAGAGAAACACGAUGCGUAUGAUCGAUUAAACAACAUUGAAUAUUACGGGAAUUUUGCUCCGAAAGAGGAAGAAGAGCAAGUAAUGAGAUAUGACCAACAUCCGAUUGAUCCUGCUCUGGACACGAUCCCGGAGGAGACGAAUUCGAUCACCGAGUUUUACGAAAAUCCAACGUCCUCUUCUGGAUCCUCGGAAGUUGAUCCUGUACUUUCCGAUGACGACGACAUCAACUUUGACGUCACACUGGAUGACGUAGACAGCUUCCAGAACGCGAUGAAAGAAAAAAAUUCGAACGGGGCCGCGUUACAAAUUUAUCAGUAAAACGUCGAAACAAUAUAAACGCAAAAUGUAUUUAAUGUUCUGGUGCUGUUGGUACCGGGCAAAAUAUAUAGUAGGUUGGGGUAAGAUGGUCCAUGAUUAAUUCUCUUUUGUCGUUCCAUUUGGUAGUAAUCUAAGAACUUUCACAGCAUCAUUUAAACAUAUCCUCAUGACUCUAAAAUAUUGUUAAUUGCUGUUAAUUUCUCAAAAGACGAUUAGGAAACAUUGGAUAUUAUGUGCUAACAGUAUCUAUCUUACCCCACAGUACUAUACUUGUAUUACCUAUAACUGCCGAAUAUGUUUAAUAUUCCACAUUAUUAAGUAACAAACCUCUUGUAAAUAUUAUGAUGUUUUUGCACAUGUUUUUUUGUAGUUUUUAUUUUUAUUGGUAAAAACCCUUUGGUGCAUUUAUGGCCACUAAUACGACCAUUUGUUCUUACCAAUCUUCGCAACAAUACUUCCCAAUUAAAGCUGUAAAAUUAUAUAAUUUACGCUAAGGCUGGAUUUCUAGAACUUCUGAAAUUAGUUGAUUCAGAUAACAAGGCAAUUAUAUUAUUCCAACCUACGAUUUUAAAGUUUUCGCCACUCAAAAAACGCCUGGUAAACUUAAAAAAAUAUAUCGUUUUCAUAACAAUCCAGUCGGUUCCGGUUGAAAUACGGUUUUUGUUUAUGUACAUACAUAAAACUUGUGAAGACGUGUAUAUUUUUACAACUUUUUUUCAUAUCUUCAAAGUUUUUUAGUAUGAGAGUUCGUUUUAAUUUGGUAAAAUGCAAAUUAUUUUGUAAUUUAAAAUCGUUCAAAAUAUUGUUAUCUAGAUUUAUAUUAAAUAUCUGCUUUUUCGAUAUUGUCAUUAGCAUUUGUUCAUAAUAUGUUUCAGGUACAGAGUAGUAUAUCUAUUAAUACA